CGAGCGCCGGGGCCCCGCUCGGCUCCGCUCGGUACCGGCCCCGCUCCGGGACCGCCCGGCCCCGCCGCCCCCGGGUGGCACUGGGCUCGCUGCCAUCAGUUGGCUUCAGGGGCAAGGCUGCUGGCCGGGAGUCCCGGAGAGGGGCUGUGGGGGAGCUCUCCUCUCCCCAGGAAGCGCCAUGGGCCCCCCUGGACGCCCUCACGCCACCUAGACGCGUCUCCAGCCAGCAGCACCUCCCAACCCCGAGGGCAGCAGGAUGGCCCAGCAGCGCCAUGCCAUCCCCCCACCACUCAAGACGGAGGAGGACUACAUCCCCUACCCCAGCGUGCACGAGGUGCUGGGCCGGGAGGGGCCGUUCCCCCUCAUCCUCCUGCCGCAGUUCGGGGGUUACUGGAUUGAGGGCACCAACCACCAGCUGAGCGGGGCCCCUGACUCGCCCCCCACGCCGGUACCCGGCACCCGGGCAAAGCUGGAGGGCAACCACACGGCCAAGAUCUACCGCAAGCACUUCCUGGGCAAGGAGCACUUCAACUACUACUCCCUGGACCCGGCGCUGGGACACCUCGUCUUCUCCCUCAAGUACGACGAGCAGGAGCACCUCCACCUGCUGCUGCGCACCCGUGCCCGCACCCUGCAUGAUGUGGUGCCCAUCUCCUGCCUGGCCGAGUUCCCCAACGUGGUGCAGAUGGCCAAGCUGGUGUGCGAGGACGUCAACGUGGAUCGCUUCUACCCCGUGCUCUAUCCCAAGGCAUCCCGCCUCAUCCUCGCCUUUGAUGAGCACGUGCUCAGCAACCACUUCAAAUUUGGGGUCAUCUACCAAAAACUAGGGCAGACCUCCGAGGAGGAGCUUUUCGGCACCACGGAGGAGAGCCCGGCCUUCGCCGAAUUCCUCGACGUCCUGGGUCAGCGGGUGCAGCUGCGGGACUUCAAGGGGUUCCGAGGGGGACUGGAUGUGACCCACGGGCAGACAGGCAGCGAGUCGGUCUAUUGCCACUUCCGUGACAAGGAGAUCAUGUUCCACGUCUCCACCAAACUGCCCUACACCGAGGGGGACGCCCAGCAGCUGCAGCGGAAGCGUCACAUCGGCAACGACAUCGUGGCCAUCGUCUUCCAGGAUGAGAACACACCGUUCGUGCCCGACAUGAUCGCCUCCAACUUCCUCCACGCCUUUGUGGUGGUGCAGCUGGAGCAGGGGGGCGCCCAGGGCACCCUCUACAAGGUCUCCGUCACGGCCCGUGACGACGUGCCCUUCUUCGGCCCGCCGCUGCCCGACCCCGCCGUCUUCAGGAAGGGCCCCGAGUUCCAGGAGUUCCUGCUGACCAAGCUCAUCAACGCCGAGUACGCCUGCUACCGCGCCGAGAAGUUCGCCAAGCUGGAGGAGCGGACGCGGGCGGCGCUGCUGGAGACGCUGCACGAGGAGCUGCAGGCGCGCAGCCAGGCCAUGCUGGGGCUCGGCCCCGACGACGAGCGCCCCGACAACGGCGGCGCCGCCCCGGGCUUCUUCGAGUCGUUCAAGUCGCUGCUGGUGCCCGGGAGCCGCCGGGGACGCCGCGGCAGCGCCAUCGGGCUGGGCUCGGUGGAAGAGGUGGGUACCUCGCUGUCCCCCCUCGGUGUCUCCCCGGUCCCCGGUGUCCCCCCGGUUAACGGCGCCCCGCAGGCGCUGCUGGUGCCCGGGAAGAGCCCGUCGCGGCGGCGGCCCGGCCCCCUCGGCUCCCGCCGCUCCAGCGCCAUCGGCAUCGAGAGCAUCCAGGAGGCGCCGGCCGGCAGGGACGGCCCCGCAGCCGCCGACGGCUCCAGCUCCACACACAGCUCCCCCGAGAGCCGCCGGAACCCCGACAGGGCCGAGAAGCCGGAGCCGCCGGAUUUCUCCCGCUCCUCCUCCAGCGCCAGCAGCUUCGGCAGCGCCGCGGAGGAGCCCGGCGAGCCGGGACGGGAGAGCCGCUCGCCCUCGGGGAGCCACCGUGACGUCUUCACUGACACCCCCUGGCCGGAUGACCCCCCCGGGACCCCCCCAGGCCGCCGCCCGCCUGACCCCCCCUGCCCUGAGAUCAAAAUCCAGCUGGAGCAGCCCCCCCAUAACCCGGGCUCAUAGUCAACCCCCCACCUGCGGGGGUGUCACCGCUUCACCCCCCUCUGUGUGCCACCCCCGUGCCAGGAGCUGAAGCCAUCGUCCCCGGUGCAGGAUUUGGGGGGACCUCCAAAAAAAAUUGGGAUGUGCCCCCCCUCCAGACAAUCUCUGUCACCCCAAAAACCCUUUGGGUGAGGGGGUGAUGCACCACAAAGGGGCCUCCCCUCUGCCGUGACCCCGAAAUGAAGAGUGGGUCCAACCCCAGCAUCAUCCCCUCCCCCCAAAAAAAGAGGGGACUCAAAUCCAGGGUAACCCCAAAGUGGAGCUCCCUCUCCCCCCCUUUAUUUUAAGGGACAAAAGUUCCGGAAUGUGCCGGAGGCUGGAACUGGGGGGAGGGGGAGGAAUAUUUUUUCACACCCUCCCAAACUGUGUUUGUGUUUCCCGUAAGUCCUGUAUAAAAUAAAGGUUUAUUUAUCGCUA